CUUCGGAUUCAGCGAGGAUAACCGGGAUGUGAGCUCACUCCUGAGGCUGUGAGGAGAGAAAAGCAUCACAGGCGAGUUCAGAGAGGGACGUCCUGCAGUUUAACGCGGUCAGACUCGCCCUAAAAGCCCGAGCUGUCUUCCAUGUCUGAGCGUUGGCUGCCUGUGUCCACUCGGUGCAGGUCACGGGCUGUCCGUCAUGUCUAAGACGGAGAGGUCCAGCAGGGCUGAGUCCACCCAGCUGCCCAUCCAUCAGCACGGAGAGAAACUCGUCGGAGCUGUGAAGGGAAGCCAGUUUUUGGUGGUUACUGGAGAAACGGGCAGUGGGAAAACCACCCAGCUGCCCCAGUUCUUAUACCGGGCGGGUUUGUGUAGGGAUGGAAAAAUCGGCGUGACCCAGCCCAGGAGAGUGGCAGCCAUCACUGUGGCUCAGAGGGUCUGUCAGGAGAUGGGAGUGCGGUUGGGAGUGGAAGUUGGCUACCAAGUGCGCUUUGAUGACUGCACCUCAAAGGACACUUUGAUUAAGUACGUGACAGACGGCUGUAUGCUGAGGGAAAUCCUUGCCGACCCAAAUUUAACACAAUACAGCGUUGUGAUCCUUGAUGAAGUCCAUGAGAGGAGCCUGAACACGGAUGUCUUGCUUGGUCUGUUAAAAAAAACCUCUGGAGGCUCCCGUGGCCGUACCGUCCCUCUGAAGGUGGUAGUAAUGUCAGCUACCCUCCAAACAGACAAGCUCAGUGCCUUUUUAGGGCACUGUCCUGUUUUUACGAUUCCUGGAAGAACCUAUCCGGUGAAGGAGCUGUUCUGUGGUCGGAUUGGGCCAAAAGAAAUGGACAGUUCGGUGUAUGUGAAAGAGGUAGUGAAGGUUGCUUUAGACGUCCAUACAAAUGAAGCCUCUGGGGAUAUCCUUGUCUUUCUGACAGGUCAGAAUGAAAUUGAGAAAGCCUGUGACCUGCUGUUUGAGAAAGCCGAGUCCAUAGACUACCGUUACGAUGUGCAUGAUCGAACAGUGGAAGGCCUUCUCGUUCUGCCUCUGUAUGGAUCUAUGCCAACAGAUCAGCAAAAGCAGAUAUUUCAGCCGGCCCCGGAAGGAGUGAGGAAAUGUGUAGUGGCAACGAACAUAGCAGCAACCUCCCUCACAAUCGAUGGAAUCAAAUACAUUGUUGAUAGCGGUUUUGUGAAACAGCUGAACCACAAUUCAAGAGUUGGCUUGGACAUCCUUGAAGUGGUACCCAUAUCAAAGAGUGAAGCUCAGCAGCGAGCAGGGAGGGCAGGAAGAACAUCAGCUGGGAAGUGCUUUAGGAUCUAUAGUAAGGAGUUCUGGGAAAAUUGCAUGCCUGAAUACACUACUCCAGAGAUACAGCGAACGAGUCUCACUUCAGUUGUUCUCACACUCAAAUGCCUUGGAGUCCAUGAUGUAAUCAGGUUUCCUUACCUUGAUCGUCCAGAAGAGAGGUUUCUUUUGACUGCUUUGAAGCAGCUCUACCAGUAUGAUGCGAUUGACCGGAAGGGUAAUGUAACCAGGCUAGGAAAGCUGAUGGUGGAGUUUCCUCUUCCCCCUGGGCUCACUCGUGCAUUGCUUCAAUCUGCUGCCCUCGGGUGUGAGGAGUUGAUGCUCCCAGUGGCGGCCAUGCUAUCAGUGGAAAACAUCUUCAUCCGACCAGGCCACCCAGAAAAACAAAAGGAAGCGGAGAUCAUUCACAAAGAGCUAGCUGCUUCUGCAGGCAGCUCCAAUGAUUUCCUCAUUCUUCUGUGCAUCUUUGAAAAGUGCAAAGCAAGCGAGAAUCCAUCUUCAUGGUGUAAAGAUCACUGGAUCCAUUGGCGAGCAGUGAAGUCCGCCUUCAGUGUGGAGACUCAACUCAGGGAGAUACUUUUUCAUCUAAAACGGCAGAAAGAAUUUCCACAGGAGACGUUUGAGGGCAGCAGCAGUGAACUACUAAGGCAUUGUCUCUGCAUAGGUUAUUUCACUAAUGUAGCUCGGAGGUCUAUGGGAAAGGCAUUUUGUACUAUGGAUGGUCAUGGCUCCACAGUUCACGUUCAUCCAUCAUCAUCUCUCUUUGGGCAGGAGGCACAGCUGGAUUGGAUCAUUUUCCACGACGUCUUGGUCACGUCACGAGUUUAUGUGAGAACUGUGUGCCCCAUCCGAUAUGAUUGGGUGAAGGAUCUGCUUCCAAAGCUGCAUGAGAUAGACGUCUAUGAGUUAAGCAGUGUUGCCAGAGAGGAAGUGACUGAUGAGGAAAUGGCACAGUGGGUAAAGAAAACGACAGCAAAAAGACAAACAGGACCCGGUGAAGAUGUAUCCAGGAAGCUUGAGAAGAGAAACGAUGACAGCUCAAUCACAGAGGCUCGGGCUCGAUACUUGCAGCGAAAGCAGAAUCGACUCCGAGGAAAAGACUCAUGACAGGAGGCAGUGAAGUGUUCACUACAUAAUAGAAAAACCGACUUGUCAGAGAUUUCACUAUUUUAAUGUUCUUCUCCUGCCUGAAUUUGAUCCCCACGUUCACAGCAGCCUUUCCACCCAUUAAAGAUCACUGUGAUAUUUAAAGAAGCUGUUUAAAUAUUUUUGUAAUAAAUCUUUAUGUACAGUAA